GGAUGAUGAUGAUGACGUGAGGACGACGAUGAUGAUGAUGAUGAUGAUGACAAUGGUGAUGAUGACGAUGACAAUGGUGGUGAUGACGGAUGACGAUGAUGAUGAUGAUGACGAUGAUGACGAUGAUGAUGAUGAUGACAAUGGUGAUGAUGACGAUGACAAUGGUGGUGAUGACGGAUGACGAUGAUGAUGAUGAUGAUGAGGAUGAUGAUGAUGAUGAUGAUGAUGAUGAUGGUGACGAUGAUCAUGAUGAUGACGAUGAUGGUGAUGACGAUGAAGAUGUCGACGAUGGGAAAGAUCAUUUAAAAGAGUGUGCUUGUCCACACUCUUCUCGUUCUCAUGCGGUGGCAUUGGAGGCAGUCGUGAUUGUGUGCAGCCGCAUUGCUGGGGAAGGUGAGAAGAGUGUGGGCAGGUGUGUUGGAGCAGGAGACAUGGGCAGGGUGGGGGAGACGAGGUGGAAGCUUGGAGGGGGAUAUGGGCAGGGAGGGGGGAGACGGGGAAACGGGCCCAUGCUUCCAAAUGUCAGGGCCUGCCGAUGGAUUGCGAGAGCACUCAACUACUUACUGGAAAAGCUCCCUGGAGCAGAGCAUUUCAACCUUACUGCAACAGCCAUGCUCCAACAAAACUUGAAGAAAGCAGAGAAGAAGCUUCAUCUGCAUGAGGGAGAGUCAAUGACAGUGUGGGGGGGAUUUGAAAUUAAGGAAAUGUUUACAUCCCUCUUGCAUACUGCUAUCAUGGAGGCGCUAUCCCGACUGCUGGGAGAAUGGGAAAAGAAACGAUACCCGAAAAUUACGCACAUCUAUGCUAUGUGUAGAGGAAAGCUGCUGAGACAGGUCAUCGGAGUACCAAUGGGGAAGAACUAUUGUCCCCCACUGGCCUGUCUACUCUGUGUGAAAUAUGAAGAAGAGUUUAUGAAAUCACUGGGAGGUGACCGCAAGCUUGUCCAUGGAGUUGCGAGCGGAGUCCCAGCUAUGGUGCCAGGUGAGUCCGCUGUCCGCAGAUGUGGGCUGGUCGGUGUGAUUGCACCUAUUGACGACAUGACGAGAAUACAUGCAUGGGUCCCAGAAAGCUGGGCAAGAGCGAAUAUGGAUCGCUUUGUUGGAGGAGAGUACUUGAAGGAAUCGCCUCAUCCCGGGAUGCGGCGCAGAAAAGGAGGGGGAGAAGGUACACCUGCUGAGCCAGAUGAUGGUCGUGAUCCACCAUGGAUGUCCAGAGGUUUCGGAGCUGAGGAGGACUGGGGAAGUCAGCGAAGGCUGUACUGUGAGUCUGACCCCGAGAAAAGUCAGCGCAAAGUGGAAUCUGAAUCUGAUGUGGAAACUGGUGGUGGCGGCGGUGGUGGCGGGAAACGUGACAUCAUUCUCCUUCUACAAGCAUUCGGGCCGAGUGCAGCUUUCCACUGGGGUGCACAGGUGGCUGUUCUCUAUAAGAGAUUUGACAUUAUUAUGCCAGAUCUUGUUUUCUUGGGGGAGAGUACCAGCCGAAGCGAAGAGCGAUCAGAGGUCUUCCAGGCGGUGUGUGUGGACGGGCUCUUGAGAUUCUUUGGGAUAACCUCUUGUCAUGUUGUAUCAAUGGGUUAUGGAGGAUUUGUGGCUUUCCGGCUGGCUCAGCUCUUCCCUGAGAAAAUACAGAAGUUAAUCAUAACCAGCUGCCCUGGACCUGUUCUCACACGAAAAGAUUAUGAGGAGAGUCUUCACGACCUGGAAGUGGAGAACUGGAUUGAUAUAUUUCUUCCUAGUACGGCUGCUGCGCUUCAGAAGAACAUGAUGGCAAUCAUGUAUAAACCUCCUCCCAUCGCCACAUGGAUGUUAAUCGGGGCAAUGAAGGAAGCAUUGAAAGGCUCGACACAGGAGAAGCGCGAGCUGCUGCAGCAUUUGCAUGCAUAUCUUGAUUCCCCAGAGCCAGAAAUGCCUCGCCUUCCAUCGGUGAAGGACAUUCUGCUCAUCUGGGGAAGAUAUGAUCGACUGUUUCCGCUGCAUCUGGGUGAGAGAUUCCAGAGGCAUUUAGGAGGGAGAGCAAAGUUGAAGAUUGUUGACCAGUCUGGCCAUAGCCCUUCUGUGGAGAGUCCCCGCGAGUACAACGAGUUGAUUGUGAAAUUCCUUCUUGGUAAAGAGGAGCGAUGGCAGCCACAUCAUGAAGCUUGGAAAGGGCGAGAGGGAGAAACGGCAUCACUGCUUACGAUGACGGUCUGUGACUCCUCACUUUGGACCUAUGUGGCCCCAUUUCUCAGGGAUCGAUGGAGGGCACGUGAGCUCUUGCCAGGGAUCGAGGUACGUGAGCUGUUGUCAGCAGGGAUUGAGUCAUUGGGUCGUACGAAGGAGAGUUGUCGAACGAAUCUCAUGCCCCAAGCUCUGUAUGGUCGGAAAAUAUUCAACAUGUGCCAGGAGGAAAAGGAAGGAUGUACUGACAAGUUGUUUGAGAGCUGUGCUGGCUGUCCACUCAUCGUCGCUGAUUCUGAUGGGGGCAUUCUGGUUGCGACGCGUUGGUGGGUGCCAGACGCCGUGGUGCAGACGAUGCACCUGCCCGCUUCCGUGUUGAAGAUCGCAUUCCAGCCGGGACGUUCUGGCCAUUGUACGGACAUUGGGUCAUAUGAAGGAGAGUCGCCGAACAAGUCUCAUGCCCCAAGCUCUGUAUGAUCAGAAAAUAUCUGUCCCUGUGUACGAUUGGGGAACAUGUGCCAGGAGGAAAAGGAAGGAUGUACUGACAAGUUGUGUUGAGAGCUGUGCUGGCUUUCCACUCAUCGUCGUUGAUUCUGAUGGGGGCAUUCUGGUCAUUGCGAAAUUUCAUGGACCUAUAUGGAGGUAAUUUCCGGAAAACGAACUCUCUCAGCUGGAAUUCUCCUGGACAUCUUGCACUGUGUGGCAAAGGGUAGGUGCGAUGAUCGAUGAGGAAGUAGUGGAGUGCCAGCAACGUCACAUUAAUAUCAUGUCUCCGCGACAAUCCGGUUGAGAGAGGCAGGCGGGUUUGAGCAAGUGGAAUGCCUACGAGAGUCGUAACAGAAGUGGUGUGUGAUCAACCGAAUGUCAUGCUGGAUUCUCCAGAAUGUGCGUCAAACCACCAGUGAAAAAUGCCAGUCAUCAGCUGCGGGCCCCUUUCAGAGGCCGCCUGCCGUUGAUUUAUUGUAUCGACGGCACGUGAGCCUCCUAAAUUUUAGGGGAGGCUCAAUCGCACCGCUCAACUUGGUUGUGGCCAUGUACUGGUGGUUUAAGAAGAUGUGAAAUACUCAAUGAGGAAGUAAUGGAAUGUGAGUAGGGACUUAUCUCAGCGCAGACAUGCAAUCGGGCAACAUCGCAUGAAUAUCAUGUCUCAGAACAAUCCGGUCGAGAGAGGCAGGCAGGCUUGAGCGUGCAGAGAAUGGCAUGAGGGUAGGAGCAGCAGCGGAUGGUGUGGGAGAAAUAGGGAGGGAGGGAGAGCGGCAUGCAGAAUCACAACCAAUGAGCCUUGUGUUGAUAGAACGUACGGGGACAUGAUGGCUGCGAGACAAGGAACUCGCCUCAAGUCCCCAAGUCCGUGUGGUGGUCUGGAGGAGGAGGAGUAAUGGACCGCUGCAUGCAGAACCACAACCAACGAGUCUUGUGCUGAUAGGGCCUGCGGGGAUGUAAUAUCGCUGCGAGACACGGAACUCGCCUCGAGUCCAUCUUGUACUCCUCGAGUCCAUACGGCGCAUGAGUGAACACGAACUGAGGCUGGAGUGGUGGGCAUCGUUUCUCUGUGCCAUUCUCUGAAGCGUGUGGAGAAAGAGGGAGGGAUUGCGGCAUCCAGAAAUUUGGGGGCGAAGGAAGAGAUUGCGGGUAUUAACAUUCUCUCACAGUAGGAGCUCAAACAACUGCUCCUUGUAACUCCACAACAAUCGUGCAUCCAUAGACAAGAGGGCCACAGGCAUACUGAUGUCAAAUCGCUUGUCUGUUUAGAAACAUAGGAUCAGAGGUACUGAGCCUUCGAUGGUGGGCAAGGAACACAUGGAGUUGGGGGUGAUUUCGCAAACUGCGAGUGUUCACGGAAUCGCGUUUUCCGUGUAGAAGUAAUGUGUUCACUGUCGACGCUUUCGUAACACGCUUCGCUCUCAUCCGGAUGGUGGAUGUGCGUGUGUAUGAACACGUGCACAAAGCAUCGUCGCUACAAGUAUAUGCAUGGAGAUGCAUCUGACAGACCAUCCCUACACGUAUAUGCAUCGAGAUGGAUUCAACAGUUUUGUCAGUUGAUUAUGAAUAGAUAUGCUAAAAAGGAAGGGCCCCAUGAGACGCAGAAUGACAUGGAAAAGGGCAGGAAGAGUGUUCACGGAAUCGCUUUUCCGUGUAGAAGUAAUGUGUUCACUGUCGAUGCUUUCAUAACACACUGUGCGUUCAUCCGGAUGGUGGAUGUGCCGCAUGUGCGUGUGUAUGAACACGUGCACAAAGCAUCGUCGCUACAAGUAUAUGCAUGGAGAUGCAUCUGACGGAUCAUCCCUACACGUAUAUGCAUGGAGAUGGAUCCGACAGUUUUGUCAGUUGAUUAUGAAUAUAUAUGCUAAGAAGGAAGGGCCCCAUGAGACGCAGAAUGACAUGGAAAAGGGCAGGAAGUCACGCGCGUGUGUGUGUGUGUGUGUGUGUGUGUGUGUGUGUGUGUGUGUGUGUGUGAGAGAGAGAGAGAGAGAGAGAGAGGGAGAGAGAGAGAGAAAGAGUAUAUCGGGCUGACGUGCCCCGACUUCACGGUGACAUCGUCU